AUGGCACUCGAGACUGAGAUCGCACUGGAGCUCAAGAUGGAAGGCAGCCAGGAGCCCGAGGAGGCCCUGGCGUGGGAGGCCGCGCUCUUCCCGAUGGGCCGCCCGCAGGCGCCCAUGAGUUCCGGAAACUCCUGGGAAGAGGACGUGCUGCCAAGAGAGGCUGUCGACGAUAUCUUGCUCAGGGACAGGAUCGGAGACGAGGUCUUGUUGUGGAAUGCCGGCGGAGGGGCGAGAGAGUGCAGACAUGGAGGAGGAGGAAGGGGUCAGGAGCACACUCAAGUUCUCUUCCCUCAAGGAAGGCCCAACACCCCCAGCUCUGCGUCUCUCAAGUCAGCAGACGGUCUCAGCACGGCUUCUUGCCCCUCGGACGAUGACGACCUCCUCCAACAUCCAUGGACCGCGGAAGAAGCGGCAGCCCAUGCCAGAGUGGAGCAGGACAAGUUUAUCUCCCUUCCUUCCAACUUCAAGCUGGAGACCAUAUGA